UAUGCAUGAAUGAACGUGGAGCUCCGCGCAUGCGCCCUGCUGACCGAGUCCGCGAGGGCAGCGAGCUCUCUUCCUCUCUCUCUCCGCCGUUUUCGGCUGUCUCUCUGCCACGCUCUCUAUGGGAAAAACCCAAGCAGGGGGGAGAGCAGCAGAAGGGGGAGGAGGAGUACUCCUUCCGACACAGCGGCGGAGGUAGGCUACUCCGAAAACAUAUAUUUAAAUAUUUAUCGGAGGGAAAAAAAAACGCACCGGUGCGGAGCGGCAGAGGAACGACAAUAUCCACACGGAUGUGCCUCCGAAAGCGCAGCGGAUACCGCCCUCCGGACCCCAUUAAUGCGAAGAUUUACACAGGUCCAAUCCCGGCAGAGCGGGGAGGCGAGCUGGCCAUGGGGGGAGGUCGCAGCGAGACCUCAGCUCUGAGCGGGACCGGAGGGGGGCGGGGCAUGACUACCCAGAAUUCCCAACGGCCCAAUGCCUGCUGCUUCUGCUGGUGCUGCUGUUGCAGCUGUUCAUGUCUCACCGUCAGGAAUGAAGAGGAGCGGCGGAAACGGAGGAGGAGGUGGAAGAAAAUAUCGCAGGAUAACAAGAUGGAACCCAUAAACUGUGAAGCUUGCACCAGACCCUCAGUGGAGGAGAUCCGAUUGUGGUCUCAGUCCUUCGACAAGCUGAUGAAGAACCCGGCGGGUCGAAACGUUUUCCGAGAGUUCCUGCGGACGGAGUACAGCGAGGAGAACAUGCUGUUCUGGCUGGCCUGCGAAGACCUCAAGCAAGAAGCCAAUAGGAACGCCGUUGAGGAAAAAGCACGUUCCAUCUACGAGGACUACAUUUCUAUACUUUCACCAAAAGAGGUGAGCCUGGACGCUCGGGUUCGGGAGGUCAUCAACAGGAAGAUGCAGGAGCCCACGCCUCACACGUUCGAGGACGCCCAGCUGCAGAUCUACACGCUCAUGCACAGGGAUUCCUACCCACGGUUCCUCUCCUCCAACAUUUACAAGUCGCUCAUCCACGGCGGCUCGCGCACCUCCUCGGAGUCUUAGUCCCACCCCUCCUUCCACCAUCCCGCCGGACUGCUGUCACAGCGUUUCAACUCUCCUCUCAAACACCUUCAGUCCAAAACUUUUCUACCACAUUCUCCUUUUCUUCAGAUCCAGAAAAUCUCCAACUUCUGCCACGGUUUGGCUUUGCUCUGUGCAAGUUCCCUCUUU